GUCUGUCUCCGUGUGCGUCUGACGUCACCGCGCAAAGACCCAAACCCGAGGCUGAAGCUGUAAACAAUAAAACCCAGCCCGUCCAUCAUCCAUGAGCGAAACAUGCGGCUGUCCGUGAUGUCGGUGUUCCCGGUGCUCCCGGUGCUGCUGGGCCUCCUCUGCGCCUCCGGGCCCGCUCGAGGUUACUAUGGAAACCCCCUGAACAAGUACAUCCGGCACUACGAGGGUCUUUCUUACGACACGGAGAUGCUGCACAGCGACCACCAGAGGGCCAAACGCGCAGCCACACACACCGAGCGCACGCUGCAGCUGGAGUUCCACGCGCACGGCAGGCACUUUAACCUGCGCAUGAGGCGGGACACCGGACUGUUUGCAGACGACUUCAAGCUGGAAGUUUCUGGACAGGAGAUGGACUACGACACCUCACACAUCUACAGCGGAGAGAUCUAUGGUGAGCAGGGCACACUCACCCAUGGCUCAGUGCAGGACGGGCGGUUCGAGGGCUUCAUCCUGACCCACAGAGGGACGUUUUACGUGGAGCCGGUGGAGCGAUACCUGCAGGACAAGAACGUGCCCUUCCACUCCGUCAUCUACCACGAGGACGACAUCGAUUAUCCUCAUAAGUACGGGCCGGCGGGCGNGUGUGUGUGUGUGUGUGUGUGUGAGUCCUCUAACGCUGUACCCCCUGCUCAUCUUCCUCCUCUUGAUCUCCUUCUUCAGGACAGCCCCCCGGCGCAGGAUGAAGAUGUGCUGCUGAGGAAGAAGAGGAUGACGCAGGUGGAGAAGAACACCUGUCAGCUCUUCAUCCAGACUGACCACCUGUUCUACAAAUACUACAAGACCAGAGAGGCUGUCAUCGCUCAGAUCUCCAGUCAUGUGAAGGCGAUUGAUGCUAUAUAUCAGGGCACAGACUUCAUGGGCAUCCGCAACAUCAGCUUCAUGGUGAAGAGGAUUCGGAUCAACACCACCAGUGAUGAGCGUGACCGCUCUAACCCGUUCCGCUUCGCUAACAUCGGUGUGGAGAAGUUCCUGGAGCUGAACUCUGAGCAGAACCAUGAUGACUACUGCCUGGCCUACGUCUUCACCGACAGAGACUUCGAUGAUGGAGUGCUGGGGCUGGCCUGGGUCGGAGCUCCCGCAGGGAGCUCUGGGGGUAUCUGUGAGAAGAAUAAGCUGUACUCUGACGGUAAGAAGAAGUCCCUGAACACCGGCAUCAUCACGGUGCAGAACUACGCCUCACACGUGCCGCCCAAAGUCUCGCACAUCACCUUCGCUCACGAGGUCGGACACAACUUCGGCUCUCCGCACGACUCCGGCUCUGAGUGCACCCCCGGCGAGUCCAAGAGUCCGGAUAAGAAGGAGCGCGGGAACUACAUCAUGUACGCUCGCGCCACGUCCGGAGACAAACUCAACAACAACAAGUUCUCCGUCUGCAGCAUCAAGAACAUCAGCCAGGUGCUGGAGAAGAAGCGCGGCAGCUGUUUCGUGGAGUCCGGGCAGCCGAUCUGUGGGAACGGGCUGGUGGAGCCGGGUGAGCAGUGUGACUGUGGAUACAGCGAUCAGUGUAAAGACGACUGCUGCUACGAUGCUAAUCAGCCCGACAACAAGAAGUGCAAACUCAAACCUGGGAAAGUGUGCAGCCCCAGUCAGGGCCCGUGCUGCACGUUCGAGUGCUCCUAUAAGGGUCAUAAUGAGAAGUGUCGUGAGGAGUCUGAGUGUGCUCAUCAGGGUCUGUGCAGCGGCUCCUCGGCCCAGUGCCCCACCUCUGAACCCAAGGCCAACUUCACCGCCUGCCACGGGAACACACAGGUCUGCCUCAACGGGGGCUGCUCCGGCUCCAUCUGUGAGAAGUACGGUCUGGAGGUCUGCACCUGCGCCAGUGUUGAAGGCAAAGACGAGACGGAGCUCUGCCACGUCUGCUGCAUGGAGAAGAGUCAGUACACACACACACACACACACACACACACACACACACACACACACACUUCCGCAUCGCAUGAAGUGGUGCAGCACAGCCAGACCUGCUCACAGUGUAGAGCACACAGAACUCCCGCUCAGAGUGUGUGUGUGUGUGUGUUUACCAGUAAUCACACUACAUCUGUUACACAAUGAGUGUGUGUGUGUCAUGUGACUGAGCUCCUCC